CUGACAUUCUGACACUGGGGGGGACUAACUUGGUGCCACUGAAACCUCAGUGAUACCAAUACAGUGAUCAGUGCUUAAAAAAAACCCCAAAAAAGCACUGACACUGGGCAGGAAGGGGUUAACUGUGUGAUGGGAGUGUUUUACUAGGGGGCAGGGGUGUUCUUCACUGUAAGCACACUGAUCGGGAUGGCUGUACUGUGCACAGCCAUCCCGAGCAGUGUGCCCGAGCUGACAGGGAAGAUGGUUUGUAAACAAAACAAUCUUCCUCUCCGUCGGAGAUGCUCGGUAAUCACCAGGCGCCAGCAGGUAAUUACUGGCCGGGACCCAGUGAUUGAUAUCCGCAGCCACGAAUGGUGGUGC